CGAGCGGUGGCGUGAUUGGUCCACUGCGCUUCGCUGCUCUGCUCCGCGCUCGAGCCGGGCAAAAAAAAUUAUCAUUAUCAUUAUCAAUCCGGCUCGCGCUUGCGCUCGCUCCUACGCGCUACACGGCACUUCCUGCUUUCGCGCGAGUGAUAAAGAGAGACACAGAGACAGAGAGACAGAGAGAGAGGGGGAGAGAGAGAGAGAGAGAGAGAGAGAGCUCGCGCAGCGUCCAAUGGAGCUAUGUAAGUAACUAACGGCUCGGUUACUUAUUAACCGGUGUCCGGCGCAACAACCCCGCUACAUAAGGCAUGCGAAGCGGCGUGGAGGCCGGAGGCUACCGGGGACCGUCAGUGCAGGAAGGUGAUCACUGGACGAUGAUCUGAUCCUACGCACAUUUUUCUGAGCCUUGUAACACGAUCUGUCAGCUCCAGAGACCUUUAAAUACAUUUCAGGGUCCACGUGGUGUAAAGUGAGCCAGUACAACUGUCCAGAGCUGCUCGGGACAGUCCUGCCAAGUAAGUGCCCUUUUUUUCACACCGAAAGAGAAGAGAGACGUGGAACGGUUCUCGGACGUUCAGAUCUUCCCCCGACUGAAAUACUGAAGUGAAAUUCUUGUAGGUUUCCGCUAACUGGAUCGUGAAAUGUACCCUCCUCUUAUCGGUUGGCCUUAAAAAAAAAAAAGGAAAGGUUGCAGUGAAUGGGGAACGUAAUUUGUAUGCUACCGAAGUUCAGGCAGGAUCUUAUGCAAAGCCUGGAGAGGGCUAAAGCACCUGCCUCUUUUACUCAACCUGUAGAGUGCGAAUUAUAAACCGAGGAGCCGAGGAUCCACAUCUUGGAUGGGAUAAAUUGACACUGUAGAUCAGGUGAAGCACCAAUCAAAACUUAGCACUGACUAAAAGAGACCUUCAUUUCUUCUGAUACGACUCACGACUUCAAGGCUUCCGCAUGGUCCUCUGGUCGAAAGAGCAAGACAAACUGCCCGACAUGUCUGCGGGGACGGAAAUCAUAGAGGUGAAGAAGGACUUCAUCUCUUCGAACGGCUCAGUCCACCCGGUCAUCCUGGCCACAGGGGCUGAGGAGAGGCAGCCGAGCGGCGGCGAGUACGAGCUCACUGAGGUGACGUCUUUGCCCGAGCGACCCGAGGCGGAAAACGAGCGGACGGAAAUGGUGGUGAUCGACUGUCGCGCCAACGCCAAGGGUCAGAGGGAGGAGGACGCUCUGCUGGAGAACGGCAGCCAAAGCAACGAGAGCGACGACACGAGCACGGACCAAAGCCCAGUGCCACCAGUUCCUCUAAAGGAGACGUCUUUUUCCAUAGGACUGCAGGUCGUGUUCCCUUUCCUGCUGGCCGGGUUUGGGACGGUGGCCGCCGGCAUGGUCCUUGACAUCGUUCAGCAUUGGAAGGUGUUCGCCGAGGUGAACGAGGUCUUUAUCCUGGUGCCUGCUCUUCUGGGCCUGAAGGGGAACCUGGAGAUGACACUGGCCUCCAGACUGUCCACCGCAGCUAAUAUUGGACAGAUGGACACAGCCAAGGAGAUGUGGAAAAUGAUCAUGGGAAACCUCGCACUAAUUCAGGUUCAGGCCACUGUGGUCGGGUUCCUAGCCUCCAUUGCCGCGGUCAUUUUUGGCUGGAUUCCAGAGGGCCAAUUCAAGAUAGGUCAUGCUGUUCUGCUCUGUGCAAGCAGCGUAGCUACAGCCUUCAUCGCUUCCCUGCUGCUAGGUCUUAUCAUGAUCGGCGUGAUCAUCGGCUCCAGAAAGGUUGGCAUUAACCCGGACAACGUGGCCACGCCCAUUGCUGCCAGCCUCGGAGACUUGAUUACUCUGGCUCUACUGUCUGGCAUCAGCACAGGACUCUACCAGGAGCUGGAUUAUAAUGAUUAUGCCAAUCCACUAGUCUGCGUGUUUUUCAUUGCCUUGACGCCUAUCUGGAUCCUGAUCGCCCGGCGAAUCCCCUCCACCCGAGAAGUGCUCUACUCAGGGUGGGAGCCUGUGAUUAUCGCCAUGGCGAUCAGCAGUGUUGGAGGCCUCAUCCUGGACAAAACUGUGUCCAAUCCCAACUACGCCGGAAUGGCGGUGUUCACUCCGGUCAUCAACGGUGUGGCAGGUAAUCUGGUGGCGGUGCAGGCCAGUCGCAUCUCCACAUACCUGCACAUGAAUGGCCUCCCCAUCGCAGAGGCCAGUCCACCUCCCCAGAAAUGCCCCACACCGUGCAACACGUUCUUCGGCUCAGGGGUGAAUUCUCGUUCCGCCCGAGUGCUCUUCCUCCUGGUGGCUCCCGGUCACCUUGUUUUCCUGUACACCAUCAACUUAAUGCGGGCCGGACACACCACCCUCACCUACACCUUCAUCGCUGUCUACCUGACUGCUGCCUUACUCCAGGUGAUGAUCCUGCUGUAUCUGGCUGACUGGAUGGUGCAGUGGAUGUGGAAGAGAGGGAUGGAUCCCGAUAACUUUUCCAUUCCCUACCUAACGGCCCUUGGCGACUUGCUAGGCACAGGCUUCCUGGCUCUUUGCUUCCAUAUGCUGUGGUUGAUCGGCGAUAGGGACACAGACGUGGGAGACUGAACAGCUCUGCUGAACACCCGCGGAAACCUCACGAGCCUUUAUUUAUCAAAAAAAAAAGAAUCACCACAAUGAGAUCUGUGAUAUUAUGGCUACAAUAGCCACUAUGAUUAUAAUAAUAACUCGUAAUACUAUUGCUGUAGUAGUGGUAUGUAAUGAUUAUUACAUUAUGGCUUAUCUUCUCGUGGGAGAACAGGAAUCCUCAUUAUUUUUCAAUGGGGAUGUUCAGCCCCUUUUUAUGCUCAGAGGUGUUGGCAGCAACGUGGUGGGGUUUAAAAGGAAAGGUCGACUUAAACUUGAAGUUUUCAUGAGAAUUAGGAUGCUCAGACACCAAGUGCUCUAUGUGUAAGUGAUAUAAAUGAAGCAAUUAGUGGAAGUUUCCAGACCACAGCAAAGUGACCUUGAGUAUGCUUUGAUUACCUCUUAAGUUCCUCAUUAAUCUUUGAAAAGUUGGAAAACUGGAACAUUUUAAAUCUCUGAGCGACAAGCAAGCGCUCUUAGCUCACAGACGAUGGAACAAAUCAGCUUUCAGGUUCCAAGCAGUUUUUUUCUACUAAGACAGAAAUGGUAAACUUCACGUUAUUGUUUUUCAUUUGAAAUCUGUUAAGCAAUUGUGCACUGCCACAAUUUAGUUGUUUUCUCUAUCGGCAAAACACAAGGCAAGAAGUCUUUUACACACCUAGCUGCGUGAGCAGCAGUUUAAUUUAAUAUCAGAUCGAGUUCAGAUAUACCACAGCGUACACGCCUGUGCCAUCACCUCCACCAUGAAUUAUGAAAUAGGAUUAAAAUGAUGCAAGACUGCUGGUAAUAAAAGCUCCUGUACUGUACGAUUAGAGAAAUAAAUGCACCACUUAUGGCUAUCCACUUCACUUUCAGGCAGAGUCACAGGAAAGUGAGCAGGUCAAGUAUCGCUGUGCUUUGUUUUUUCGGAUUCUUUGCGAGCAUGUAACAUUUUCUAUUAAACUGUCUUAAUAACCGUGCUACAAAGCUUAAAAGGGCUACUUUGUAAUGCAGAUCCGCUGCAUGAAGGGAUGGGAUGGGAUUUCAGAAAAAGAAAUGCUGGCCUUCUCAGAGAUGAGCCAAAAGGGUUCGUGCCCACAUUUGACUUAAAGUCAUUGAUGCAUUCAUGACUAGAAGACCUGAAUGAAGAUUAUAAGGGUAUAAUGGGUUUUUUGUUUUGUUUUGUUUUGUUUUUUUAUUAUGUGAAUACCACCCUAUGAAAACUUGAACUUGCUAAUGGUUUGUCCUAUAAGAGCAGAUAAUCUUCGGUACUAGGCUUUAGAACAAGGAGCCCUUUAACUUCUUUUAAUCACUAGUUAAUACAUGUACACAGAGGUGCCAUCAUUUACGAUUUAGCCAUAGAAUUUAUGAUUUUUGAUCCCUUGCUCGGGCAAUAUGGAAGACUCUUAAAAAAAGAAGCUUUUCUGUUUUUUCAGCCAAAAAGAAAUCACCGAAGGGGAAAGGACACAGGAUGUGAAAGAUCCUCAUUUGCUUCUGGUUGUGGUUUCUUUCCCCUUGUGCCAACUUUAACUUGGUGAAUUUUCAUCAGUGAAUUCGCAAACCUUUCUGUAGGCUUUGUGAACAGUAUAAAACAAGUGGGCGGGGCUGUGGUCUCCGGUCGGUAAAAGCACAGCAUACAAUGGGCUGUUAACCAUUUAAGUUAUGAUACGCUAGAUCAACUGAUCCAACAGAAUAAUUCAACAGACCAAAAUAAGCACUCAAAAAAUACUGUAGCAGAGCUGAUCCAGGUAUGAUGGCUGCAGUCUGUAGUUUCACAGACUUUCACAGAUUUUUCUUUUUUUUUCACCUGAUCUGAUUACGGGACUGACAAAAGUAUGCGUCUGUUCUCGGCUACUAAUUCAAAAUAGGCUUAGAUGUGCAUCUUAUGUGUCCAGAGUCUGUAGCUAGGGCUUUAUGACUUGUGUCUGGUUUUGAGAUGUUUUCUGUGUAGACUUGGACUUAUUAGGCUUAUUGGCAUUUAUUUGUACUUGGACACACUUCGGUCUUGGACAUUGUUCUAGCCAAAUAUGAUCUUGGUCUCAAACAAGAGACUAUAAAAAUAAUGUUUGUGCUUUCUUUUCGCAUACAUAUGUAAAGAUUUUUCUCCAUUUUGUCCCUAAUAGCCAAUUCCCACCCAUCAGACAGCUCUUGCCUAUCAUACUACAGCUACUGAUCAAGGAGGGUGAAGACUAACAUGUGCUUCCUUUGAGAGACUACAUCUUUUCAAACUGCUGCUCAUGCUGCGUCAGAGGGCGGCGUGACACUCAGUGACUUGAUCUCAUCCAGUCCUGGUCUUGGACUUGACAGUUUCUUUCUUAACCACAGCCCCAUCCAUGGCACUAUUUAAAAAGUGUUUACGUGAAGCACUGUUAUGAAACAAUACUAUGAAAUAAGCGAAUACAUGAGCUCACAGGCGCCCAUGAUUGGCUAGUGUGACAGGGGAGAGAGAGUAAUGCCUCUUUUAGAAAACAGCCUAAUCACUGGCGCAAUGCAUUAAUGAAGCCAGCUAACUGAAGUAAAGGUUUGGCCUUGAUGGUUUUCUGUCUCAAUCUUGACUCUGUCUCACUUUCAUUAAGAUUCUGUCUUGACUCGACCUCAUCUUGUCCUGGUCUUGGACUUGACAAUGGCUUUCUUAACCACAGCCCCAUCCAUGGCACUAUUUAAAAAGUGGUUAGUACCACUAUGAAAUAAGCAAAUCAUUUAUGGCUAAGCAUUUAAAGGUAACUGAUCUUGCCAUUCGGUCGUGUUAGCUGCUUAUCUGAACCUUUAAACCAGAAAUUUUAUGUUAAGGGACCUUUACAAUUUGUAGUUGAAUGCCUCUGAUCUAGUAAUGUUGGCACCACUGUGAAGAUACACACACACACACACACACACAUACACACACAAACACACACAGACUCACUUGUAACCCCCCUGAGAGUUAAAUUUUAGGGACUUCACUUGUCUCGUGUGUUUUAAGUGGAAGAUCUGUCUUUGCUUUAUGUUAUGCUUUAUGCUACAAUGGGGCCAGCAGAAUGGAUUGUGCUGAGCACAGAACAUUAAAAAAAAAAAAAAAAAAAAAGCACUGUGCGUAUAAUUGACACGGAUUCCCUUCAUACUGUAAAAGUCGUCUCACGACAUCAGAAUGGUUCACUGUGCAAAGCGUACUGUAAUCGAGGGAGCACUCACUUAAUAAGACUCCCACUGUCUUGUGUAUUACAUGCAUGUACGCAAACCGUGUUGCGAUGAUGCGUCCAGCCGUCCUGAAGUCGUCUCGCUGUGCAGCUCGUGCCACCGCCGUUCCCAUUACAGCCCUCUGGUUGUGAAUACUUCUUCAGGGUAUGGGAUUGCUCUGUUUAUUUAUUUCUAGAGAUGCAUACAAAGCAAAAAUGUGUAUAUAUAAUAUAUUUAUUCUAUAAAUAAUGUGUUUAUUUUUAAUUUUAUUCAAUGUCUGUUUUUUUUUUCUUUGCAUUUUUGGGCCAGAAGAGAUGUAAUUUACUGUAAUUUUUUUUUAACUUAACAUACAUAUCAGAUGUCGGUGCCUAAUACUUUAUGAAACCUCACACUCAAGCUGGUUCAGUAGCACACUGAACAUCGUAGGCCUUAACUGCAGCACGGCUCAACACCAACUAGCUGUUUUUUUUGUCUCUUUUGUUUGUCCUUUUUGUAUACCGCAAUGAUUUUAAUGCAUAAAUAGUAAAAUUGCAACACUGUUUCGAUUUUUGUUUGAGCUGUUUUGCUGGCAGCAGAAGAUGAGUGUACGAUCAUAGGUAGAAGAGCAGAAACGAUGAAUAAUCACAAAAAUCAAGCCAAGGUCAAAUCUUUAUGUGAGCUCAGAUAUUGAUUCAUUGUAUGUUAAGCUUCUUCUAAGAGGAUCCAAACUAUAUAUCAGCUCUUUGUGGUGCAGGAGAGAGAGCAGACAUGUGUAUUUAGUCUGUGUGAUGUACAGAGAUGUACACACGAGUAAUCCAGUCUUUCUUCCUGCUUCCUUCUACCCUGCACUCUGCUGCUCCAGAGGGGACUCAACAGCGGUACUUGUAAAUUGCUGGAAAUAAAGGAAUAUAUUAUUCCGUCUA